GAGAGCUUCGAAGAAAUCUGCAAGAGCGUAAAUGGUGGCUGAGACAGAAUCAGAGAGAGAAGAUGGAUUUGAGGAAGAAGAUCUCUUUGUAACAAAGACAGCAAGUUUUUUGGCAUGCUUAACACAAUGGGACUUGUGACACCACCUCACCGUUGUCCGAUUCCUGUGGCAGAUGACCCAAAUAAUAUAGUUAUUCCGGAACAGAAAUCUACAGAGCGAUUUGUUCAGUCUCUCAUAUGUUGUGGAAAAUGUUACAGUGUAUAGUGGAUCCCGCUCACUUCCUCUAUUUGUAGGAAAUCAAACUUGGAAGCAAAGAGAUGAGAGUUUUAAAGUGAAGCCAAGCAUGAAAAAAUGGCUAAGAAAGAUGUUGAAUACGUGAAGAAGUGUCGCUUUGUGGUUGCUUCUGGCAUUUUUGACGGAUAUGAUACACCUCACCAACCAUCCAACAUAAGUGAGCGAUCUCAAAAACUUUUUUGCUUUCUUAUGACAGUGGAUGAAGUGUCCCUUGACUUCAUCAAGAAAAAUGCUACAGUCAGAAAGGAUAAUGAUGGCGGAUUGUGGGUGGGUAUUUGGCGUCUAGUUCUACUAAAAAACCCACCAUACGAUGAGUCUAGGAGGAAUGGAAAAGUUCCUAAGAUAUUGACCCAUCAGCUAUUCCCUCAAGCACAAUACAGCAUUUGGAUUGAUGGUAAAAUGGAGCUAAUUGUUGAUCCAUUGCUUAUACUUGAGAGAUACUUAUGGCGUGGCAAGCAUACCUUUGCCAUUGCUCAGCACAAACAUCAUCGGAGUAUAUAUGAGGAAGCUGAUUCAAACAAACGGAGAAAGCAUUAUGCUCGACCACUCAUUGAUCUUCAGAUUAGAAUAUAUCGUUAUGAAGGAAUGGAACCAUGGAGUCCAAAGAAGGGCAUUGUCAGUGAUGUACCUCAAGGGGCUAUUAUAAUACGAGAACACACUGCAUUGAACAACUUGUUUAGUUGCAUAUGGUUCAAUGAGGUUAACCUAUUCACACCAAGAGAUCAGUUGAGCUUCGGUUAUGUGGUUUUCAGACUCGGGGGCAUCUUCAAAGCGUUCAUGUUCCCCAACUGUGAGUACAACUCCAUCUUCAUUUUACACCCUCAUACCCGCGAGCAUUCAUCUAAAGUGGAGUGGGUGAAAUCAUUGGAUGAAUUUAAUAAGGGAGGUUUGAAAGAGAGUUGGGGAGGGUUUGGUUUGUGGACCCAUUACCCCAAGAAUCUGAAAUCAGUUGUAUUACCGUCUGUAACCAGAAAAUCAAAAGCUGGAUGAUCUUAUAAUGAUUUCAU